AUGGAAGAGAGAGAAAACCAAUUCGCGGUGGAACUUGAUCCAGAAGCGGACUUCACUAGUGGUGGAUUGAAAUGGAGGCUUGAGACCAAUAAUAGACAUGUCAUUGUUCGAUGUGAUGUCGUGGUCACUGAGAAAGAGGUCGUUGAUGCUCCUGGCGAGGAAUUCGAGUACCAAGCCGAGAAUGGUUUUUCUCUGUAUGUACUAAAUCUCUACAGCCAUAAGGACCUGUUCCUUAGGGAGCUGGUUAGUAAUGCAAGUGAUGCUUUGAACAAGUUGAGAUUUUUUAGUGUGACUGAGCGUUGGCUGCUUGGAGAUGUUGGUCUCAUUGUUUCUGAUUCAAUGUUAUUCAUAUACAAGGUUGCUGAAAAAUGA